AUGAAAUCUUAUGAUAGUUCGAGUGAUGAAUACGAUGAUGAUAAUGCUAGGGGUAGUUUACCAGGGCAAUUUAAUAGGGGUGCCAUCUGGCCGUGGAGGAUGGAAGCUUCUUCUAGUGGAAUGCAUUCUACAACCCAUGAUCAACCGAUGAUGGCACAACCUCAGCAUUCUUCACCACCACUUGGAGGACAUUAUUCGGGGGCUGCUUUUACCCUAGGUGACCACAUGCACCAUACACACCAACUGUCACCCCCAGGGAUGAGCCAAGGGCGUAGAACCCCUUUGGGAGCUGUUGGACUUGGAGGGUUUUAUUACAGUGCUGGAGUUUCUGGUUCUGGUUUAGGUAGCAACAGCAAUUUAGGUCCAAACAACAGCAACAUCGGUCCAAAUAUUCCUGCACCUGCACAAGUCGCCUCUGAUGAAAAUAAACCGAUGGAACCUGAAGGAGGAAGUAAUAGGUCUCAAAAUACGAGAGCUGGUCCGUCCAAACAGAACAAUCCAAACAAUUCCACAAAUGCCAAUAAAUCUAGACAGGGAAAAACUGUAAGACUGAAUAUUAAUGCCAGGGAAAGGCGCAGAAUGCACGAUUUGAACGAUGCCUUAGACGAAUUGAGAUCUGUGAUCCCGUAUGCACAUUCGCCUUCGGUGCGAAAGUUGAGUAAAAUUGCUACUUUGCUCCUAGCCAAAAAUUAUAUACUGAUGCAGGCGAAUGCCUUGAACGAAUUAAGAAGGUUAUUAGGUUAUUUACAAAGCGGACCAGUGGGGGUCCCUUGCGAUUUGGGGGCUUAUCCGGCGGCUGCGAGGCUACAGAGAUUACUAUCAGGUUCAGGAGUUACAGGAAUGGGAGCGAGUGAUCAAAUUCAAGGAGCAGGUGAUGACGAAAAUUAG